UACAAAUGUCAAAAUUUAGUGAUGUGACCAACGUUAAUAAAGAAUAAUAGGUUAUAUUUUAUAAACACUUGUUAUUUAAACAAAUUUUAAAAUAUGGUUAAUACUGGAUUGUUAAUAUUAACAAACCCAGCCAAAGUAGGCAAAUUAUUACCAGCCAUUAAGAAUCAUGUAUUAAAAACCCUUUAUAUUCAAUAUUUUCCUGAAAAAAACAUUAUUUCUAACGCAUACUCGUUACCAUUGGUAAAACUAAAAGGGCCUCGUUAUUUUGAAAUUAUAGCAAAUAUUUACACAAUUGCAUCCAAACAUUUUAAUUGCUUAGAUGUCAGAGUUUUAUUGUCACAUUUAAAGAAUCCUAAUGUAUCAAUCAUACAUACAAAAAAACCAGUGGAACUAGUUAUUUUCGAUCAGACUUACAACAGCAAUGAAGCGAUUACUUUCAUGCAAGAUUGUUUAUCGAAUACAUCAAUGGGAUGUAAAUUUAUAACUUUUGAUGAGAAAGACCAAGAUAACAAUUGUAAUAAAAGCAGUACCAAUGAUAUUGAAGAGACAAUGUACAAAAAUGUUGUACUAGGAGGAACUUUUGAUAGAUUACAUAAUGGUCAUAAGAUUUUUUUAAGCGAAGCAAUACUUUAUUGUACUGAAAAUCUAACAGUGGGUGUUACGGAUACAAAUAUGUUGCAAAAAAAAAUUUUAUGGGAGCUAAUUGAAACAUGUCCACAGCGUAUGAAUUCUUUGAAAGAUUUCACAGAAGACGUAGAUCCUUGCUUAACUUAUAAUGUAGUGCCAAUUACUAAUAUGUACGGACCGUCGAUUGAAGAUCCUACUUUAGAAAUGAUUUUAGUAAGUGAAGAGACUUUAAAAGGUGGAGAGAUGGUUAAUGAGAAACGUGUACAAAAGAAUCUAAAACAACUAGCUAUUCAUGUUAUAAAAUUAGUUGAAGAUGUAAAUCAUCAGGAACAUGAAAAAACAAAAAUAAGCUCCAGUAAUCAAAGGAUGCGUUUACUAGGUGUAAGAUUAAAAGAACCUAAUAUAGGUGAUAAACCUAUAAGACCCUAUAUAAUUGGACUUACUGGUGGUAUAGCUAGUGGUAAAUCAAGCAUAGCGGAGAAAAUAGAAAAAUUAGGUGCUGGACUGAUUAAUUGUGAUUUAAUUGCUCAUUCUCUCUAUGCUCCCGGUAUGAAAUGUUUUAAUUUAAUUGUUGAAACAUUUGGACCUGAAUAUUUAACUUCAGAUGGUGAAAUAGAUAGAAGAGCAUUGGGUAGUCUAGUCUUUAAUGAUAAGAAUGAGUUAGAAAAAUUAAAUAAACUAAUGUGGCCUGUUAUACUUGAGGAAGCUAAAAAUCAAAUUGAUAAAUUGUAUAAAGAAGGUUUUGAUAUUGUGAUUAUCGAAGCAGCAGUUUUAAUUCAAGCUGGCUGGCAACAUAUCUGUCAUGAAAUUUGGACAUGUAUAAUUCCACAAGAAGAAGCAAUUAAAAGAUUAAUGGAGCGUAACAAAUUAAGCACAGAAGAAGCCAAGAAACGUAUUUUGGUGCAGCCAAGUAACAUUGAACAAAUCCAUAAUGCACAUGUAGUUGUUUCUACUUUAUGGAGUCAUGAAAUUUCCCAACAACAAAUUCAAAAGGCUUGGAAUGAAAUCAAGAAAGAUUUAGAAAAAUAUCCAAAAAACUAAUAUAUUUACAAAUCUUAAAUAUAUUUAUUUUUGUUUGUUUUAUUUAAUUAAAGAUUAUACAGGGUUUAAAAAGAUACGAUGGGUAUAUUAAAGUUUUAUUAUAUUUUUAUGGUUAAAAACAAAUAAAAUAUCUAUAUUUGUAAUUAAUCAGAAUUUAAAAUUAUAAUUAAAAAAAUUAAGGAACAUUCCAAGAAAGCAGCUAUGAUUGUCAAUACAAGAGCUUUAAAAAUCUGUAAUAAAAAUCUAGAUUGAAAUAAAUUU